GCCAUACUUUUGCCCGAUAGAUGAAAUUCUUCCGUUGGCUUCUUUAUUUUAUGAUAACUUGGUGUACACCUUAUUAGAAAUUUUCUAAAAGAGAUACUCGAAAUCUGAAAACACAAAUGAAUCUGAGUACCAAUGGUUUUAGUACGGAAGAUGACAGUCGGGGUGGACACGACCAGGUCUGUUGUUUGAUAGAUAACAGUGAGAGAUGUACACGACAGGCUGGUAACGCAAGUUAUAGUAAACGUAUACAGAAAACAGUUCUACAGAGAAAACUCAAACUUAUUCGAGACGAUAGUGCUACCCAUAUCUAUAUUUGUGAUGUCCAUAAGAAUAUGAUACAGAGUGUACGAAGUAAGAGAAAGAGGAAGGAUAGCGAAGAUGAUCGAGGAUCUCCGGAGGUUGAUGAGGAUGUACCAGAUAUUGAUUUUUUCCAAAUGCCAGUCAACACUUUACGAAGAUACAAACGACACUACAAAAUUCCCACUAGGCAAGGGUUGAAUAAGGCACAACUAGCUGAUGCUGUUGCAAAACAUUUCAAAAACAUCCCAGUGGUUGAGAAAGAGGCUUUAACCUUUUUUAUUUACAUGGCUAAAAACUAUAAAAGUCGUUUUGAUCAGAAGUAUAUGGACACAGUGCCCUGUUAGCACGAGCAUCACCUUGUCUCUGUAUAUAUAAAACAUGUACUGUCAUUCAUUAUACAUUCUGUGGUACCUAGCUUGCCAUAUUUAUUACACGCCCUACUGUUUGAGCAGAAAUAAUGACUGUGAGUGAUAGUGAUAUCAUUAUUGGGACAGAAUCGUGUUAAAGUUUACAUUAGGACCCAGAUAAUUAGAAAUAGAAAUAAAGUAUUUCUCUCGCCCAUAAAAGGCCAAAAAAGUUAAAAAAUUGUGUGUGGAAAUAUGCAUUUUUCAUUGAAUAAAUAUAAUAUUGAAAGAAUACUCUGACAAAUUGCAUAGAAUGAGGAUUUUAACCCUUUACUUUCAAAACCCAUCCCCCUCUUCCUCUUUGUAAUGUAUUUGGAAAACUUUAACCCCGAAAUUCUACGGCUGAUACUGACUGAUAUGGAAUGAAACUUUGACUAGGUAUCACAGAAUGUUCAUUGUGUAGAAUUUAUUUAACUUGUAUAUAAGAAAAUAAAAAGAUUUUAGAAAGAA